AUGCAACUGUCCUGCUCAGGCGCUUAUUCUAGCAUUACUUGGGAAGUUCAAAGGUAUGAUGGCUGGUACAAUAAUUUGGCAGAUCACGAUCGAGGGGCUGCAGAUGCGCCUCUGGUUCGUCUGUAUCCAGCGCAGUACAUGGAUGGGGUUUAUCUGGCCAGACAGGAGCCACACCUGCCCAACCCUCGGCAGAUCAGCACCACGGCCAUGAGCGGACAAUCCGGUCUGCUGUCCUACAAGAACAGAAGCGUUCUCUCCGUGGCCUUUGGUUAUCAUGUGUGGUCUGAGAUCUCCGAAUCCCGCAGGGCUGGUUGUCCACCAGAGUUCAUGCACAUCGAAGUCCAAAAAGACGAUCCUGUUUUUGCCUCCAACUCUUCCCAGCCUGUGCUGCUUCAGUUCCAGAGGGCAGACUGGGACACGAGCACGGGCAAAAGCCCCAACAACCCCCGGACACAGGUGAAUCACGUGACAGCGUGGAUCGACGGUAGCUCCAUCUAUGGAUCCUCCAGCUCAUGGACUGAUGCCCUGAGAGAGUUUUCUGGAGGACGUUUGUCUUCAGGUUCCUCUCGGGACAUGCCGAGGCGCAGUAGCAGUGGGUACCUGAUGUGGAGCUCACCAGACCCCAGCAGCGCCCCUGACUCCGGCUUUCAGGAGCUCUACGAGUUCGGGAAUGCCUGGGCCAAUGAGAACAUCUUUUCAGUCACUGAGGGAAUUAUUUGGUUUCGUUACCACAAUUACCUGGCCUCCAAACUGCACGAGGAGCAGCCCUCUUGGUCAGACGAAGAGCUUUUCCAGCACGCUCGAAAGAGGGUCAUUGCCACAUUUCAGAACAUUGCCUUUUAUGAGUGGCUGCCGGCCUUUUUGGGAACACAAGUGACUUCUUAUCCAGGUUAUCAGAAGUAUGUUGAUCCAGGGAUCUCAGUGGAGUUUGAAGCUGCUGCAGUGAGGUUUGGACUGACUCUUGCGCCACCUGGUGUAUAUAAGAGGAACAGGACGUGUCACUACAGAAGUGUUGUGAACGAUGAUGCCAGUAAAUCUCCAGGCCUGCGUUUAUGCAACACCUUCUGGAACCGAAAUAAUCCACACCUGCAGUACAGUCUGGAUGUGGAUGAGUUAAUAAUGGGAAUGGCUUCCCAGAUUGCUGAGCGAGAGGACAACAUCAUUGUUGAAGAUUUGAGAGACUACAUGUACGGGCCACUACGGUUCUCGCGCUCUGAUGCAGUGGCGUUGACCAUCCAGAGGGGGCGUGAUUUUGGGCUUCCCAGCUAUAACCAGAUCAGAGAGGCCCUCAACAUGGCACCAGUCAACAGCUGGGAACAGAUCAACCCUAAACUCAAGGACACAAAGGUGUUAAAGGAGCUGGCGGACCUGUAUGAGAAUGAUAUCUCCAGACUGGAGCUGUUUGUUGGUGGCCUGCUAGAAACGCAGGAAGGUCCAGGUCCAGUGUUUUCCACCAUAAUCCUGGACCAGUUUGAGCGGAUAAGAAAUGCAGAUCGCUUCUGGUUUGAGAACAGGCAAAACGGAUUGUUCACUGAAGAGGAGAUCAAAGCCAUACGUAACACCACAUUUCAUGAUGUGCUUUUGGACAUCACCAGCGCAGAAAAGGGAGACAUCCAAAGAAACGUUUUCUUCUGGAUGAAUGGUGAUCCCUGCCCUCAGCCUCAGCCAAUCAGAGCCUCUGAUCUUCAACCCUGCACAAAGGCUUUCUCUAUGAGUUAUUUCGACAACAGCAGCAAAGUUGGCUUUGGUGUAACUGUUGGGGUGCUCUUCCUGUUUCCUGUUGUAAGCUACAUCGUAGCAUCUGUAGUUGCUCAAGUUCGGACAGCCAGAUUUAGGCGAUUCCAGCAGAAGCGCAGAGGAUCCACUAAGCACAAGGAACCUGCUUACGGAACCGUUGCCAGUGAGUGGUUGGGUCACAAUACAGCACCUCGACAAGUUACUCUUGCGUUCAGUGAGAAGAAAGUUUUCCAGACCUUCGAUGAGAACGGCUCCCCUCUCAGCUCUCACAGCCUCGGCAAUCAUGACCACCUGAACGUGAUCAUAUCCAAUGACCAUCAGCACCGCGCUCUGCUCCUGAAGAUCCCCAAAGAGUACGAUCUGGUUUUGUUCUUUGAGGAUGGUGUCCAGAGGUCCGAGUUCCUGAGUCUCCUGCGCUCUGAGCUGGAGGGCAGAAUUCAGAGUUUAACUGUGAUGGAAAAGAGUGAAAAAGAGAUGCUCAGUGAUGCAGUGACCAGAGAACAGAGGGGGAAGAUCGUGGAGACCUUCUUCAAGCAUGCUUUUUCAAAGGUUUUGGACAUUGAUAAAAGUGAUGCAGGAGACCUGAGCAGCAGAACCAGAGAAGCACUACAGUGUGAGCUGACCCGAGCUGAGUUUGCCAGUGUGCUCGGGCUAAAGCCUGACUCGCUCUUUGUGGAGUCCAUGUUUACACUGGCUGACAAGGACGGUAACGGAUACCUUUCCUUUCAGGAGUUCCUGAAUGUUAUUGUCAUUUUCAUGACAGGUACUUCCGAAGAGAAAUCUAAGCUUCUGUUUUCCACACAUGACAUUAAAGGAGACGGCUUCUUGUCCAAGGAAGAGUUCACUUCUUUACUGAGGUCUUUCAUUGAUAUCUCUGGUGCUCUGUCUAAGAGUCAGGCUGACGAUGGAAUCGCUGCUAUGCUUCAGACGGCUGGUCUUUACAACAAAGAUCGCUUCUCCUGGGAGGAUUUUCACUUUCUGCUGCGGGACCAUUCAGCUCAGCUCAAUAUUAAAGGCAUGGAAGUACUUGGUAAGAAAAAACUAGCCAGACAGCAAAAGAUGUCUUUCAUCAAGAAAAACAGUUCUUCAUCGGUGGAGGAGCUUAGUCACACACCUGAGGAGGAGCACGGACAAGAACUUCGUCAAAGGCAGACCAAGAAAGCUGGACAAACCCAGGCCAAGGUGUACGUCAGGCCUCAGAGAGAGCGAUUCAACAGAAACCCAGUGCAGCAGUGUGUCCAGCAGUUCAAACGCUUCAUAGAAAACUACAGAAGACACAUCGUCUGCGCAGUGGUCAUCUACGCCAUCACCGCCGGUCUCGCUCUGGAAAGAUGCAUCUAUUAUGGUUUACAGGCUCACUCCAGUGGCAUCCCGGAGACCUCUAUGGUGGGUGUGUUGGUGUCUCGCGGCUCAGCAGCCGCCAUUUCCUUCCUGUUCCCCUACAUGCUGCUGACUGUGUGCCGAAACCUGAUCACCAUGUGCAGAGAGACGUUUCUCAACAGAUACAUCCCAUUCGACGCUGCCAUCGACCUGCACCGCCACAUGGCUUUCACCGCAUUAAUUCUCUCAGUUGUUCACAGUUUGGGUCAUUUGGUCAACGUCUACAUAUUCUGCAUCAGUGACCUCAGCAUUCUCGCCUGCCUGUUUCCUAAAGUGUUCUCCAACAAUGGGUCUGAGCUUCCAAUGAAAUGGACCUUCUGGUUUUUUAAGACUGUUCCUGGUAUCACCGGGGUCAUUUUGCUGUUGAUUUUUGCAUUUAUGUACGUCUUCGCCUCGCACUAUUUCAGACGGAUCAGCUUUAGAGGAUUCUGGAUCACACACCACCUUUAUGUGCUCGUCUAUGUGCUGACGGUGGUCCACGGCAGUUAUGGUCUCCUCCAGGAACCACGUUUCCACAUCUACCUUAUCCCGCCUGGUCUGCUCUUUCUGCUGGACAAACUCAUCAGCCUGAGCCGGAAGAAGGUGGAGAUCCCAGUGCUGAAAGCAGAGCUGCUGCCCUCAGAUGUGACAAUGCUGGAGUUCAAGCGUCCGCAGGGUUUCGUGUACCGCUCGGGACAGUGGGUGAGGAUCGCCUGCCUGGCCCUGGGCACAGAUGAGUACCACCCAUUUACCCUGACCUCCGCUCCACACGAGGAGGCCCUCAGCCUGCACAUCCGAGCUGCGGGACCCUGGACCAGCAAACUGAGGGAGGCCUACAGCCCUGAGAAACACCAGGAGCUCGGAGGACUCCCAAAGCUGUAUCUGGACGGGCCGUUUGGAGAAGGUCAUCAGGAGUGGACCGAUUUCGAGGUGUCGGUGCUGGUCGGUGCUGGGAUUGGAGUCACACCCUUCGCCUCCAUCUUAAAAGACCUGGUGUUCAAAUCCUCCGUCAAAUUCAAAUUCCACUGCAAAAAGGUGUAUUUUCUGUGGGUGACGCGGACGCAGCGUCAGUUUGAGUGGCUUUCAGACAUCAUCCGGGAGGUGGAGGACAUGGAUGCGCAGGAUCUGGUGUCGGUGCACAUCUACAUCACACAACUGCCCGAGAAGUUUGAUCUGCGGACCACCAUGCUGUAUGUGUGUGAGCGUCACUUCCAGAAGGUGUGGAACAGGAGUUUGUUCACCGGCCUGCGCUCCGUCACACACUUCGGUCGGCCACCAUUUUUGGCGUUUCUCAGCUCAUUACAGGAAGUUCAUCCAGAGGUGGAGAAGAUCGGUGUGUUCAGCUGCGGUCCUCCUGGGUUGACCAAAAACGUGGAAAAGGCCUGCCAACAAAUGAACAAACGCGACCAGGCGCACUUUGUUCACCAUUAUGAGAACUUCUAGAAUUGUCUGUGUGAAUUAUAUAAGGUAGAACUGACAAUGAAUCAUUGAAUCAUCAUUACUAAUUCAUUUUAUAAUGGCUGGAGUCAAUUAUUGUAUUUUAAACAGCCUGAGUUAUCAUUACUACUGAGCUCAUGUGGAAUAAUAAUGCAGUCAGCUGAUCAGAGGCAUUCACUUUUAGUAGCAGAUAUGAAACAAAUCUUAAUCACACUUUGUUUGUUUUCAUGU